AUGUAUUGGGUCCGGCGAGGCACCAUCCUGGUGUCGCUCUUCCUCAUCAUCUCCUUCGUCGCCUGGUUCGUGCCCCGCGCCCUCGACCCCACCAGAGUGAGCCCGGAGCGAAGGGCACGCGACCGCCUCUGGGUCAACAGCAGCCCGUACUUCUGGGACCGUCAACUAUGCCGCUGGAUCAGCGUCUGCGGCCUCAACCACCUGCGGCGUGACCCUGCCGCCCUCUUCAACCCCAAUCCGCCCGCCGGCGGCGACGGCGACGAUGACGAUGACGCCGGCGACCUUGUCUUCGGAGAGCUUCGCCGCCGGGCGCUUGCCGCCGACGUCCCGCCCCGGUCGUGGGAGGAGCCCGACGACUCUUCCGAAGACUCCGCCGGCGGAUUCGUCCGGCAGCGACCUGACAUGAAGCGCAACCCUACCGAGAGACGCAAGAUACUCAAGGACAUACCCGACUAUGUCACCAAGUACGCGCCCCUCGUCCACCUCUACUCGGGCGAGCAGUUCUGGCCCUCGGACAUCCGGGAACACAUUCAGCACAUGAAUGUCUCUGUCAACGGCGAAAUGCUCAAUCAAACCAACAAAUGGACCCUCAAUAACCUCAACCAACUCAACGAGCACCGUGGCUUCGUGGUGUUGCACAGCCUUGACGACGUCGAGACCCGGCCCGAUUGGCUCCACAGCCACUUCAAUCGACCCGGCCCCUUCCCCGACAAUGGCGACGAUGGCGACGAGCACCCCGUCGUGGACGACGACGACAUGCCCGUGUACCGCAAGGAGCCCACCAGCUGGUUUGAUGUCGACAAGCAGCAUCCCCUGCAUCGUAUCGCCGAUCCUCGGCCAAAGACGCACCGGCAGCGGCGCCGGUCCGAGCCGCCCCGCAUCGCGCGCCGCGGCCACAAGCCCGAUGCCGACGGCUACUCCAAGGCCCCUGCCGUCCUUGUCAUCGUCGACAAGGGCUCCGGCGUCGUCGACGCCUUUUGGUUCUUCUUUUACUCGUACAACCUCGGCCAGACCGUUCUGGGCAUUCGUUUCGGGAACCAUGUCGGCGAUUGGGAGCACUGCAUGAUCCGUUUCGAGAAUGGCGAGCCGCGGGGCAUUUUCUUUUCCGAGCACGAGGGAGGCCAGGCGUAUGCGUGGGAUGCCAUCGAGAAGCGCGGCGUCCGCCCCGUCAUAUACUCGGCCGUCGGUUCGCACGCCAUGUAUCCCUUGCCCGGCGAGCACCCCUACGUCCUGCCAUUCCGCAUGCUCAAGGACGUGACGGACAAGGGACCCAUCUGGGACCCCUCGCUCAACAACUACGCGUACCACUACGACUACACCAAGGAGAAUCGCUGGGACACGCGCGACCCCUGGGACGACAAGGUCAGCAGGGUCGGCAAAACUGAGUCGCUCGUCCCCGCCGCGUCCAACCCAGAUGCGCCCACGUCGUGGUUCCACUACCGUGGCCGCUGGGGCGACGAGGUCUACACCCUGGCCGACAUCCGGCAGUGGCGCCUCUUUGGCCAGUACCACUACGUCACGGGUCCUUCGGGCCCCAAGUUCAAGCACCUGGACCGCUCUAAGCUGUGCCAGAGCUACCGCUGCCGCAUCCUCUACAAGAUCGACCCCAAGAGGACCUGGUACUAG